UGUCGUUUGCGCUUUGGCUGGCUGCGCUCGCGCUCGCCGCUGGGCUCGGCUCGGACUGGACGGACUGGACUUGGACGUAGUGGCGUAGCCAGCGAGAGAGGUUGUCAAGUGACGGAACGGCGGGGAGGUCGCAGCGGUUGCGUCGCGUCGCGUCGCAAAGGGUUCAUUCAUUGGCUUUUGGCCCGCAUCGCAUGUUCGGUGCCGUGAGUCAUCAAGGCGCAGUGUAAGGUCGGUGCUCUGCGGAACGGAACGGAAUGUCUCAAGACAACGACAAGAAGAAGCAAGUGCGUGUGUGGUGCGAUGGCUGCUAUGACAUGGUUCAUUUUGGCCAUGCCAACUCAUUGCGUCAAGCCAAAGCUCUUGGAGGUUACCUGAUUGUUGGAGUGCACACCGAUGAAGAAAUUUCUAAACACAAAGGACCACCUGUGUUCAGUCAACAGGAAAGAUAUAAAAUGGUGCGAGGCAUUAAAUGGGUGGAUGAAGUCGUUGAAGGAGCACCCUACGUAACAACACUUGAUACCCUUGACAGAUAUGGUUGUGACUUUUGUGUACAUGGAGAUGACAUAACCAUGACAGCGGAUGGGGUGGAUACUUAUCACCUAGUCAAGAGUGCUGGACGAUACAAAGAGGUAUCAAGGACUGCGGGUGUGUCAACAACUGAUGUUGUUGGACGAAUGCUGCUUCUGACAAGAGAACAUUUCCGACAAGGUGAAAGAGAGUAUGAAGUUAGCCGUGAAUCUUCCUCUACUAUGGGUCUUGACUCUACUGCACGUAGCCCGUGGACUCGGUGCUCUCAAUUUUUACCUACUACCUCAAAAAUUAUUCACUUUAGUGAUGGCAAAGAGCCUAAGCCAGGAGAUAAAAUUGUCUAUGUAGCAGGAGCAUUUGAUGUUUUUCAUGUUGGUCAUCUGGACUUUUUAGAGCAGGCUCGUAAACUUGGAGAUUUUCUCAUUGUUGGUCUUCACACUGAUCCAGUUGUUAACAGAUACAAGGGUAGUAAUUAUCCUAUAAUGAAUCUUCAUGAACGUGUGCUUAGUGUUCUUGCGUGCAAGUAUGUUUCAGAGGUUGUUAUUGGUGCUCCUUAUGCAGUAACAAAAGAUCUCAUGGAGCACUUCAAAGUUGAUGUAGUUUGCCAUGGUAAAACUCACAUUUCACCAGAUAUUGAUGGGAGGGAUCCAUAUCUUGAGCCAAAAGCCCAAGGUAAAUUUGUCACGAUUGAUUCCCAAAAUGAUAUGACAACCGAGAAGAUUGUGAACAGAAUAAUUAUGCACAGACUGGAAUAUGAAGAAAGGAACAGGAAUAAAGAAAAGAAAGAACUUGCAGCUUAUGAAGCUCACAUGAAAAAUAUUCAGAGCAAAGUUCCCUGCAGUAACCAUUGCAGCAACAGCAAACUGAACAGCUCUAUUGGAGGUUCACAACCUACAAAUGUAUCAAACUAGACAUUUUCUCGUUUGAAAGAGUCUCAAAAGGGAGACAAUUGCAUCCCCUGAAAAUGGUCUUAAAAUGUUAUUGAAAAUAUUGAUAAGACAGUCUUCUUGUUUUAAAAUACCAUUCAGCGUCUAAGUGCAUCUUUGAAUGUCAAAAUACUAUAUAAGUCAGUUACUCAAGGAGAUGAUAACUCUUAUGGAUAUUGGUCUCUACCUUUUCACCCUGUAUGUAGUUUCCAACCUGUAAAAAAAAUCAUAUUUGUUGGCUUCUUAAAACUUCAUCAUUCCCAAUCCAUUGGCUCUCACUGGACCGUGUAAAUUUGGUUUUCUGAAUUUUCAUAACCUUUUUGUUAGCUUUGGUUCCAUUUUCCAUUUCCAUUUUCUUUUUGUUUUGCUUGAGGUCAUUCCUCACUUGAGUUUAAAAAAACAAAAACAAACGAAAUUGCCCUUUAACACUCAUGCAAGGCAUGUCUCCUUUUUACUGUUCCAGGGUAAACCCAACCGUGAAUGGGUCUUCCUGUGAAUAGGUCUUCCGCAAUUUCUGCUUGUUCUGAACUGUUUUCCAACCUUGUGCUAAGUUUUUCUCGGUCAUGUUAUUCCUUAUCACUUACACUCUUCUCAUGUGAUAGAUGAAAAUGUAAUCCUUGUACCCUGUAGGAGUGAUAGUAGGUACGGUUUAGUUAUUGACACUGCGGCAGGUAAUGUUGGAAAUAUUACUACGCUUCAUUGAUUGAACUCAUGUAUUGUGUUCUUCCUUCUACAAAUAGGUUUUUUUUUGUUUUGUUUUUUAAAGUGAAAGUUUCAUUUAUGCUUCCAGUAAUUUUAAACUAUUUGUUGCUGAUUGACCUUUUGAAAUCACUUAUUAAACAAAUUUAAGUCAUUUGAACAAUAUGUUAAUUUUGUUCAUUUUGAUUGACUGAACACUAAGUAGCAUAAAUUCCACUCUUUUGAUACUUUUUUCAACCAAAACUUUAUGCAUUGACAGCUUUGUCCUGCAACAGUCAACCAGUACACAUUCACUGUAGGUUUUGAGUGCUAGGCGAGCUGUAGGUGCAUAGUGUGUUUGUGAUUUUUAAUGAUCAUGGAAUGAAUGGACAUUCCAUCCAUGCAAAAACUUUAGAUUUAUGUAUUUGUGUUGUACUGUUGAUAAUGUUUAAAAAUUGUUUUAUUUUGUAUUGGAGCUUUUAGUGCCAUUUGCUGGAAAGUUUAACAUGCUUCUCAUGAUCUUCUGGUAUAAAAAAUGAUUGAUGGAGUUCAGUGUUAGAACCCUGUGAUUUGAUUGCUUUUUCUUAGAGUUUGAUUUCUGGCACUGUAGUAUGUUCCUAUAUUUUUUCUUUGACUGUUGACAGUUAAUGCUAGUCUAACAGUUGAAGGAAAGCAUGUGGCUCAAAGAAUCUUCCUUAACUGUCAAUACCAUGCUCAUCCUCUCAUCAAUUUCCUAUUACUAUUACUAAUUAAUUUUGAGAUCCUGGACUAGUCCUAUUUUUUGUUCUGUGAGUCGUUUGAUGUAAAUUAUUUUUUUUUAUGUGGAGUGUAGAUCGUAGUACUUGAGCUGUGGCGGAGUUUUGAUUUUAGUGUGUUUUAAUGCUGCCCAUUUUAUUUUUUUAAUUCUCUUGAAGAUGGAAGCAGAUUUCUAUUUACCUUUUCUUAAAUGACAAGAGAGAGAGAGUGUGCAAUAACUUCUUUAAAGUAUUAGAUUAAUAUGCUUUAGUUAGAAGAGAAUUGAUAUUGUAUUUUGAAUUAGACUUGUAUUCCAAGUUCAAUUAGUUAAUUCCACGCAUAUGCCUUGUUUUUGUCACUUUGUGAUCAAAUUAAGAUGAAGUGCUUCAAGUUUGUCUUCCACUCCUAGGUUUUUGUUUUUGUUUGUUUUUCUUUUUUUUCAAUUUUUAUAAGGAAGUCAGUGCUGCUCGCAAAAUUGAGACUCUUUAGUCUGUGAAAGUAUAAAUUGCUGGCAUGUAUUCGUAGUAUGUUUUGUGCUGGUGUGUAUAUGGGUGUGUGCACUGGUGCGUUUGUCUCUGCGUGCAUGUGUGUGUGCGUGCGUAUGUGAGCGUGUGUUUGCAAGUGUGUUUGUGUUGGUUUUUUGAGUGAAUAAAUUUUAUGCUAUAAUUUUCGCUCAAGGGCUCAAUUUUCUUGCAGCUUCUCAAGCACAUCAUGAUAGAAAAUUUUAUAAGGAUUGGUAUUUUUACUAUGCUGCUCUCUACUAUAAUAAAACUAAAUCUGAAGCCAUGAAGUUGAGUUGCUGCCAUGUUUGUAGGAAUAAAUUUUGUGGAUAGCUAGGAUCUUACUGUUUGCCUGUAAUUUGCAUGAAGUAGUCAGUUUACCUAUUAUUUCAGAUUAGUUUCAUAGCAUGUAUUGUUGUUAUUAUUGCUACUUCCUGAUUAUAUUUAAACCUUUUUGUUGUGGACGUAACUAAUUGUAUGUGUUAAAAACAAUUUUACAUGAGAUGAUGUAUAUUAUUAUUUGGGUUUAUGUUGUUUUUAUAUCUUCCCAUUUAUUCCAAUUUAUGGUUUAAGUGAAAUGAAAGUUAUUUCUGAAAAGCUGCUUGUUUAUGUGCUUUUUUUCUCAGAGCUAAAAUUUUACAAAUCUUCUUACUCUGAGCAACAACAGUUUACAGAUUUUUCUUAUCCAUGUAUUUUUUGGGUUUCCUUUUUUUUGCAUCCUAUGUCUAAUGAAUAAUUCAAGAAAAAAACCAGAACAUUACGACACUGCAGUGUUUAUUGUAGUACACUGUAGGAAAAUGUAAGUUAACAUUCCAUGCAUUGUUGUUUUGUAAUUCUUAUACUGGGUCAUUCUGGGUAAUAUUUGUUGUUACAAUUCUAUAUUUGAACGAAAAGUAGAUGUAGUCACGAUUGUCCCAUGACAUUCUUUACACUUUUAUCCCGUUUUUCACAAUGUUGGAUGACUGUUUUGUCUUUCAAAACAGUAGAUCUAGUAAUUUUGUGUUCUGGCAUAGGUUUAGGCCAAUAUAUUUCUUAAAGUUUUACCCCAACACCACUUACCUAUACACUAUUGUUCUGCUAUUCCAAGUGAAAUAUUUUUCCUCUUUUGUGGAGACCUUGUAUUGUUCACAAGUUUGAAUUGUAGCUUAUUUCUCAAAUUGCCUUGUUCUUUGGUCUGUUGCCUAGUCAUAUCACCAAUGUAGAUAAUUGGGACCUGAUUUCACACAUCUUGUUGCUAUUUUAUCGCCUAACGGAUCGUCAAUGGACCAAACAAAAUAGUUGAGACAUCUAAAGAAAUCUUAAUUAAGUUUACUUUGUUCAGUUCUGUUUAUUGUAUAUAUAUAAAGGUACUUCAUUUAAUAAAUGCAAUUGUGCUGUUAAAUGA